UUCUCAAAAACCGGACGUGGUCGUUUGUGUUGUUGCACCAGAGCUGCUGUCAUGUGAUAGCUCGUCCGAGGAGCUGCUGUUGACAGUAGCUUCCUUACCUUUAGAUGAAGCUAACGCAAACCCGAGCAGGAGAGAAGUUUUAUGUGUGUCGGAGCAGAUAAACACGGCUGGUUUCUGACGGAGAACAGGGACGGUGGGGUUGUGUAGCUUGGCCCCGCGGACGCUGUCAUGGGUUGCUGUUACAGCAGCGAGAACGAGACCACAGAGCAGGACUCUGAUGAAAGUAAGCCGCUAAUCCCCCCUCCGAAUCCUGUCAGCAAACCCCCGAAUGGAACUGACUGGAUGCCUACCAACGUCCCCUCAGCGCGGACAGAUGAACAGGCUCUCCUCACAUCCAUCCUCACGAAGACGGCACAGAACAUCAUUGAUGUCUCAGCAGCUGACUCUGUCAUGAUGGAGCAGCAUGAAUAUAUGGACAAAGCUCGACAAUACAGUACAAAGCUGGCUGUGUUGAGCAACAGUCUGCCCCAGAAGAAAGCACUUGCUCUGCCCUCCCUCACCAGCCAGCCCCACCAAGUGCUUGCAAGUGACCUGGUGCCGUACUCAGAUGUUCAGCAGGUGUCCAAGAUAGCAGCGUAUGCUUACAGUGCAAUCUCGCAAAUCAAAGUGGAUGCUAAAGAAGAACUAGUGGUCCAGUUUGCCAUUCCCUGAUUCAGUGACCCUGGCUGCAUAUUGUUCCUCCCAUCCUGCUCUCUCUGUGUCACUUCUGCAUCCUCACCCUCCAGCCCACCCUUUAUUAAAACAUCUUGCUCCUUGUGCUUCUUAGCUAUGCCUCUAACAGCUACAAAGAGAGAGAUGAUGUAGGAAUGCACCCUAUGGAUGUCAUUUAGUGUAUUUAGUUAUGGGUCAGUGACUGCCUGUCAUCAUGGGCUGUGGAAGGAUGGUUUACUGUAGAUGGGCCAUUGGGGUGUGAAUGGGGUCUCAUAUUUUACAACAAGGCCUCCUCUUAAUGUGUGAAUCACAUGCUUUGUCAGAAGCAGCUGUGGAAAAAUCAUCAUCAUUCAUCCUUCUUGGUGAUCUAUCUUAUCUCUUAACAGUUUUCAGUGCUGUGUCAGUAUCUUUAUUUUUUUUUUCCUUAGCCUGUAUACUCAGGCAAGCAAGAAUAACUCCACACACCAGACUGUUCUCCAAAGGCAUAGACGAAUGUACAUUGUAUUCACCUGGAACAGAGCUGGCAUUAUACUUGAUAUAAUCUCACCUGGAACGGGUGCCAUAUUUUAGCCAUUUACCUGGAUUAAAAACUUGCAACAUGGCUUAUAUUUUGCACUUCAUAUGUCCUUAACUCUGCCCAUGCCUCAGUCAGUUUUUCUCCUUGGACAGCAAAAAGGGAAAAGUAAAAAAGACAGACUGUUUCCUCUUUGAGGUUAAAGAUGUGAUUAUAAUUUAGAAGGUUGUACUUCAGUCCUGUUGCAUGCUGGCAAGAUAUGAACAUCCCACAGUGAUCUAGUGGCAACCUGCACCAAGAACCACGUCUUACCACAACUUUAACAUGAACCAUUAAACCAACCUGACUUUACGAAAUUGAAUUCACUGUAACGUUUAAAAACUGACAGUGAAACGGGUCUGGCCGGUUAUUUGUUGUCCAGUGUGUAAUCAGUUCCAGUUGAGGCCAAAUCAUGAGUGACCAGUCCAUAGUGGGUGGCUUUUGGUGGGUGAGGAUGCAAACACAAGCAGAAGGGUGCCAGGUGAGCCUGCUUAUGUCACUGGGGGUGGGAGAAGAUGAAGCUUUCUUGGGGCACAAGUUCUCCAGUUUACAGACAGUAAUGUGUCCUCUGCAAUUUUCUAGCACUAACAAAAUGAACUCUCUAAAUCAAAUCCCAGAACUUCACAUAUUCAAUAGCCUUGGAGACA